UCAUUUUCGCUCCUUUCUGCUUCAACUUUAAGCCGUCUCUUUAAAAAUAAAAAUAAAAAUAAAAAUCAUUCUCUAAAGUUAUAUAUAAAUUAAUUCGAUCUCUGAAAAUUAAAAUUUCAAUUUUCAUUCUUCGAAAGCCAAAAUCCCUCCAUUCCCCUUAUAUUUUUUAUAGAAGGAAAUCCAUUUUUUUUUCGUUUUCAGUCCCUUCUUCUUUAUCACCUCUUAGGGUUUGGUCCGUACAGUCUCUAGGGUUUUUCUGGAGUAACAUUUAUAGUGGAAGAGAUUUUAGUGCUGGGGGUUAUUUAUUUAUUGUUUGAGCGAAGUGCGAUAGGAGUUUUUUUUUUUUAAUAUGGCGGCUGAGAAGCUUAAGGAUUUGAGUCAGCCGAUUGAUGUUCCCUUACUGGACGCCACCGUCGCGGCCUUUUAUGGCACCGGAUCUAAAGAAGAGAGAGCACAAGCAGAUCAGAUCUUACGACAUCUGCAAAACAAUCCAGAUAUGUGGCUUCAAGUUGUGCACAUUUUGCAGCAGACAAAGAGCCUGAACACCAAGUUCUUUGCCUUGCAGGUUCUUGAAGGUGUUAUCAAGUAUAGGUGGAACGCGUUGCCUGCUGAGCAGCGAGAUGGAAUGAAAAAUUACAUUUCUGAAGUCAUUGUCCAGUUGUCAAGCAAUGAGGCCUCCUUUCGAGCAGAAAGGCUGUAUGUCAACAAGCUUAAUAUCAUAUUGGUCCAGAUCUUAAAGCAUGAUUGGCCUGCUAGAUGGCGAAGCUUCAUUCCUGAUCUUGUUGCAGCUGCAAAAACUAGUGAAACAAUAUGCGAAAAUUGCAUGGCAAUACUGAAACUUCUAAGUGAAGAAGUUUUUGAUUUCUCAAGAGGUGAAAUGACUCAACAAAAAAUCAAAGAGCUUAAACAAUCGCUGAACAGCGAGUUUCAACUCAUUCAUGAGCUAUGCUUGUAUGUACUAUCAGCUUCUCAGAGAACCGAGCUUAUACGGGCUACGUUGUCCACGUUGCAUGCAUUUCUUUCAUGGAUUCCACUGGGCUAUAUUUUUGAAUCAACAUUGCUGGAAACGCUCCUAAAAUUAUUCCCUGCGCCAUCAUAUCAGAAUCUCACCCUCCAAUGUCUAACAGAGGUUGCGGCCUUAAAUUUUGGGGACUAUUAUAAUGUGCAGUAUGUUAAGAUGUACAACAUAUUUAUGGUCCAGCUACAGAGUAUUCUCCCACCAACCACAAACAUCCCUGAGGCUUAUGCACAGGGAAGCAGUGAAGAACAGGCAUUCAUUCAGAACUUGGCACUGUUCUUCACUUCAUUUUACAAGUUUCACAUUCGGGUGCUAGAGACUGCACAAGACAAUAUUUCUAUGUUGUUAAUGGGUCUGGAGUACCUUAUCAACAUAUCUUAUGUGGAUGAUACAGAGGUCUUUAAGGUUUGCCUGGACUAUUGGAACUCCUUGGUCUUGGAGCUAUUUGAUGCACAUCAUAACAUGGAUAAUCCUGCAGUAACCGCAAACAUGAUGGGACUGCAGGUGCCGUUGCUUCCUGGUAUGGUUGAUGGCCUCGGUGCCCAGCUUCUGCAACGACGCCAACUUUAUGCUGGUACGAUGUCAAAGUUGAGAAUGCUCAUGAUCUGUCGUAUGGCUAAGCCUGAGGAGGUUCUGAUAGUCGAAGAUGAAAAUGGAAAUAUUGUUCGAGAGACAAUGAAAGAUAAUGAUGUUCUUGUUCAGUAUAAGAUUAUGAGGGAGACUUUGAUCUAUUUGUCUCAUCUAGAUCAUGAGGAUACUGAAAAGCAGAUGCUAAAGAAAUUGAGCAAGCAAUUGAGUGGUGAGGAUUGGACUUGGAACAAUUUGAACACAUUAUGCUGGGCAAUAGGAUCUAUUUCUGGUUCCAUGAUGGAAGAUCAGGAAAACAGGUUUUUGGUAAUGGUCAUUCGUGAUUUGCUGAAUUUGUGUGAAAUCACUAAAGGGAAAGACAAUAAAGCUGUUAUUGCUAGUAACAUUAUGUAUGUCGUUGGGCAGUAUCCAAGGUUUUUAAGGGCUCACUGGAAAUUUCUGAAAACUGUUGUAAAUAAGCUAUUUGAGUUCAUGCAUGAAACACACCCAGGAGUUCAGGAUAUGGCCUGUGACACAUUCUUGAAAAUUGUUCAGAAAUGCAAGCGAAAAUUUGUGAUUGUUCAGGUUGGAGAAAAUGAACCAUUUGUAUCUGAACUUCUAUCCGCUCUUGCAACAACAGUUGCUGAUCUAGAGCCUCAUCAGAUCCAUACCUUUUAUGAAUCUGUUGGGCAUAUGAUUCAAGCUGAAUCUGAUCCCCUCAAGAGAGAUGAAUAUUUGCAGAGACUGAUGGCACUCCCCAACCAGAAAUGGGGUGAAAUUAUUGGGCAGGCACGUCAGAGUGUUGAUGUCCUUAAAGAUCAGGAUGUGAUAAGAACUGUGCUAAACAUACUGCAGACAAAUACUAGUGUGGCCAGUUCUCUUGGAACAUAUUUCUUAUCCCAGAUUUCUUUAAUAUUCCUGGACAUGCUCAAUGUAUACAGAAUGUACAGUGAGCUUAUAUCAAGUAGUAUUGCAGAAGGUGGACCCUUUGCUUCAAAAACAUCCUAUGUCAAACUCCUACGAUCUGUCAAGAGGGAGACUCUUAAGCUCAUCGAGACAUUUUUGGACAAGGCAGAAGAUCAACCACAAAUUGGGAAACAAUUUGUGCCCCCAAUGAUGGAUCCAGUUCUUGGUGACUAUGCUAGGAAUUUGCCCGAUGCUAGAGAAUCUGAAGUUUUGUCACUUUUUGCUACAAUAAUCAACAAGUACAAAGCUGCAAUGAUAGAUGAUGUUCCCCGUAUAUUUGAAGCUGUUUUCCAGUGCACGCUGGAGAUGAUAACCAAAAACUUCGAAGAUUACCCAGAGCAUCGCCUAAAAUUCUUUUCAUUGCUUCGUGCCAUUGCUACUCAUUGUUUCCAUGCACUUAUUCAGUUGUCAAGUCAGCAACUAAAGCUUGUUAUGGAUUCAAUCGUUUGGGCAUUCCGACAUACGGAGAGAAAUAUUGCCGAAACUGGUUUAAAUCUUCUACUGGAGAUGCUGAAAAACUUUCAGGCUUCUGAAUUUUGUAACCAGUUCUACCGAACCUACUUUCUGACUAUUGAGCAAGAAAUUUUUGCUGUCUUGACAGACACAUUUCACAAACCUGGCUUCAAGUUGCAUGUCUUGAUUCUACAGCAGCUGUUCUGCCUGGUUGAGAGCAGUUUAUUGACUGAGCCCUUGUGGGAUGCUGCUACAGUUCCAUAUCAGUAUCCAAAUAACAGAAUGUUUGUUCGUGAAUACACGAUAAAACUUCUUAGUACAUCAUUUCCCAACAUGACAGCAACUGAGGUCACUCAAUUAGUGAAUGGACUGUUUGAGUCAAGAAAUGAUUUGUCAACAUUUAAGAAUCACAUACGGGACUUUCUUGUGCAAUCAAAAGAAUUUUCAGCUCAGGACAAUAAAGAUCUCUACGCAGAAGAAGCUGCUUUACAGAGGGAAAGAGAACGACAACGGAUGCUUUCAAUCCCAGGGCUCAUUGCCCCAAAUGAAAUACAAGACGAGAUGUUGGACUCGUAGAUGUGGCCAAUUUUUGCCUUGGAAGCCAAUUUCUUGAAUUUUGACAUGGGAGUUUUAAGGUUGUGCUUUGGUUUAACGCCCAUAUCCCUGAAUGUAAACAGAUGCACCAUUUUUUGCCCAUUGUUACUCAGCUGCAGUUGCCAUUGCUUCACAAGUCCGGCUGCUGGAGAUGCUCCCUGUAUGUCAACCAGAAAUGUGUAGAAUAUAUUUAGGUAGGGAUAUAUAAAUAUUUCUAAAUACGAUCCGAGUCAUUAUUAAGUCUCAUCACACAGCUUGAUAUUUGUACAAUUUAGAUGACUCAUUUCGAGGUAUUCUUAGAUUCAUACCUAGGUUAAAAGGGCAUACAGGGCUGUCUUUUUUUCUUUUCAACUUUAUAGUUUCCAAAGUGAAGAAAAUGUACUUUUCAACUUGGUUAUAUAGUGCGCUUUAUUUAUUUA